GAGACCGGCGGCGCGCAGCUCCGGGACGGAGGUCCUGCGUCCCGGGACCCGCGUGGCGGCGGCGGCGGCAGGGCUGGGGCUCCGGUAUCCGGGCGUGGCGGCGGGCUGGGCGGCGCUUUGCAGGGUCCCCGCUGCACGCGCCGAGCCGAAGCCAGAGCGCGGGCCGGGGCCGGCGGGGCACCUUCCGGGGCCGCGGCCCGGCUCCGCACGUUCGGGCCGGAAGUUAGUUCAGGUUCCGCCGCGGCCCAGAGCCGCGCGGCCGAACCAGGGUACGAGCGCCUGGCAGCCGUGCUGAAAAGUGACCACCUCCUCCGGGGCCCAAGCACGGGUCUGCACACGUCUAGCACAGCCAUGUUUUCGGAGCAAGCUGCCCAGAGGGCCCACACUCUCCUCUCCCCACCAUCAGCCAGCAAUGCCACCUUUGCCCGUGUGCCCGUGUCCACGUACACCAACUCCUCCCAGCCCUUCAGGCUCGGGGAGCGCAGCUUCAGCCGGCAGUACGCCCACAUUUAUGCCACCCGUCUCCUCCAAAUGAGGCCUUUCCUGGUGAGCCGGGCCAAGCAGCACUGGGGUGAUGGAGUCCAGGUGAAGAAGCUGUGUGAGCUGCAGCCUGGGGAGAAGUGCUGUGUGGUGGGGACCCUCUUCAAGGCCAUGCCGCUCCAGCCCUCCAUCCUCCGAGAGAUCAGCGAAGAGCACAACCUGCUCCCCCAGCCUCCUCGGAGCAAGUACAUCCACCCCGAAGACGAGCUGGUCUUGGAAGAUGAAUUGCAGCGCAUCAAACUAGAAGGCAGCAUUGACGCAUCAAAGCUGGUCACAGGGACAGUGCUGGCCGUGCUCGGCUCUGCAAGAGACAGCGGGAAGUUCCUGGUGGAGGACCACUGCUUUGCAGAGCUGGCUCCUCAAAAGCCCGCACCCCCCCUUGACACAGACAGGUUUGUGCUGCUGGUGUCUGGUCUGGGCCUGGGGGGAGGCGGGGGCGAGAGCCUGCUGGGCACCCAGCUGCUGGUGGACGUAGUCACGGGGCAGCUGGGGGACGAGGGGGAGCAGUGCAGCGCCGCCCACGUGUCCCGGGUCAUCCUCGCUGGGAACCUCCUGAGCUACAACACCCAGAGCAGAGAUUCCAUCAACAAGGCCAAGUACUUAACCAAGAAAACCCAGGCAGCCAGUGUGGAGGCAGUCAAAAUGCUGGAUGAGAUCCUCCUGCAGCUGAGCGCGUCAGUACCUGUGGACGUGAUGCCAGGCGAAUUUGACCCAACCAACUACACGCUCCCCCAGCAACCCCUGCACCCCUGCAUGUUCCCACUGGCCACUGCCUACUCCACCCUCCAGCUGGUCACCAAUCCCUACCAAGCCACCAUCGAUGGAGUCAGAUUCCUAGGGACAUCAGGACAAAAUGUGAGUGACAUUUUCCGGUACAGUAGCAUGGAGGAUCACUUGGAGAUCCUGGAGUGGACCCUGCGCGUCCGUCACAUCAGCCCCACAGCCCCUGACACGCUAGGUUGCUACCCUUUCUAUAAGACCGACCCAUUCAUCUUCCCGGAGUGCCCUCACGUCUACUUUUGCGGGAACACCCCCAAGUUUGGCUCUAAAAUCUUCCGAGGCCCAGAGGACCAGAGGGUGCUGUUGGUGGCCGUCCCCGACUUCAGCACCACACAGACUGCCUGCCUUGUGAAUCUGCGUAGCCUGGCCUGCCAGCCCAUCAGCUUCUCGGGCUUUGGGGCAGAGGACGAGGACUUGGGGGGCUUGGGUCUGGGCCCCUGAUUGACAGAAACCCCAGCUGUCCGUUCUUGCAACAUUGACCCCGCAGCGGCAUUUGCUUUAUAAUAAAAGCCUGAUCGGGGCACCUGGGUGGCUCAGUCCAUUGAGCAUCCGACUCUUGAUUUCGGCUCAGGUCGUGAGAUUGAGCCCCAUGUUGGGCUCUGUGCUGGGCGUGGAGUCUGCUUGAGAUUCU